AUGGAGCUGAAAUGGCUAGUGUGUGUGACCCUGCUAGCUCUCCUGGCCCUUGCUGUCCAGGCACAUGAUCUGGAUGAUGACAAUGAUGGUGAUGAUGUAGUUGAUAUCGAGGAUGACUUGGAUGAUGGCAUUGAGGAGGUAGAAGAGUCAAAGCCUGAAACGAGCACUCCUCCUCCAACUCCAAAGGUGACUUACAGGCCUCCAGUCCCAACUGGUGAGGUGUAUUUUGCAGAGUCCUUUGAUAAAGGAACUUUGGAUGGAUGGAUCCUUUCCAGAGCCAAGAAAGAUGAUACAGAUGAUGAGAUUGCGAAAUAUGAUGGUAAAUGGGAAGUCCAAGAGAUGAAAGACACUAAGCUUCCAGGAGACAAAGGGCUUGUAUUGGUAACCCGAGCCAAGCAUCAUGCAAUUGCAUCCAAACUUUCCAAGCCUUUUGUAUUUGAUACCAAACCACUUAUUAUACAGUAUGAAGUAAAUUUCCAAAAUGGAAUAGAGUGUGGCGGGGCCUAUGUGAAACUGCUUUCAAAAACCCCCGAAUUGAGCCUGGAUCAGUUCCAUGACAAAACUCCAUAUACAAUCAUGUUUGGCCCUGACAAAUGUGGAGAGGACUAUAAAUUGCACUUCAUCUUCCGGCACAAAAACCCAAAGACUGGCAAAUAUGAGGAGAAGCAUGCAAAGCGUCCAGAUGCAGACCUGAAGACUUACUUUACUGAUAAGAAGACCCAUCUCUAUACUCUGGUCUUGAAUCCUGAUAAUAGUUUUGAAAUACUGGUUGAUCAAACAGUUGUCAACAGUGGGAAUCUGCUAAAUGAUAUGUCUCCCCCUGUGAAUCCACCCCGAGAGAUUGAGGACCCGAAUGACCAGAAGCCUGAGGACUGGGAUGAGAGACCAAAAAUCCCAGACCCAGAUGCUGUUAAACCAGAUGACUGGGAUGAGGAUGCUCCUGCAAAGAUAGCAGAUGAAAAUGCUGUGAAACCCGAGGGCUGGCUGGAUGAUGAGCCAGAAUAUGUAGCUGACCCUGAUGCUGAGAAGCCUGAAGAUUGGGAUGAGGAUAUGGACGGUGAAUGGGAGGCACCUCAGAUUGCAAACCCUAAAUGUGAGGCAGCCCCUGGCUGUGGUACCUGGCAGCGACCAAUGAUUGACAAUCCAAACUACAAAGGCAAAUGGAAGCCUCCUAUGAUUGAUAACGUAAACUAUCAGGGUAUAUGGAAACCUAGGAAGAUCCCAAACCCAGAUUUCUUUGAAGACUUGGAACCUUUCAAGAUGACUCCCUUCACUGCUGUGGGACUUGAGCUAUGGUCAAUGACUUCUGACAUCUUCUUUGAUAACUUUAUCAUUUGUACUGAAAGAGCUGUGGCUGAUGAUUGGGCCAGUGAUGGAUGGGGACUGAAAAAGGCAGCCGAUGGUGCUGCGGAGCCUGGUGUUGUGGGCCAGAUGAUGGCUGCUGCUGAAGAUCGUCCCUGGCUUUGGGUAGUCUACAUCCUCACUGUGGCUUUGCCAGUGUUCCUUGUUGUGCUUUUCUGCUGUUCUGGGAAGAAACAGCCAAGUGCUGCAGAAUACAAAAAGACUGAUGCUCCUCAGCCUGAUGUGAUGGAUGAGGAGAAAGAGGAAGAAAAAGAUAAAGUAGGCAAGGAAGAAGAGGAAGAGGAGGAGGAGGAAGCAAAUGAGGAAAAGCUAGAGGAGAAGCAAAAAAGUGAUGCUGACAUAGGAAGUGCUAGUCAAGAGGAGGAGGAAGAGGAUGAGGAAGAAGAUAGGAAACCUGCAUCAGAGGAGGAGGAAACUGUGAAUAGAUCACCCAGAAACAGAAAGCCAAGGAAAGAUUGAAAAAACUCAAAAGAACUUUAUCUGUGAUUUUUUUUUUUUUCCAAACAUGGUUCUGGCAGAGGACCUUAGACACCUUACAUUGAUACUUGGACAAACCUCAAGAUUUUCAGCAUCCACAGGUUCCAGUCACAUUAUCCAAUGUAAUGGAGUGUCUAGCAGUAAAAUAUUUGCAAUCAUCUGUUUUAAAGAACAUCAUUCCUGUAGAAAGAAUGCAUUUAAUAUAAUGGGCUGUGGAUAUUGGAAUGUAACAUAACUAACCUUUUCUUUUUUGGUUUUAAAUAUUAUUUUUUGUUUUUAAGUAGAUUGGUAGAACUUUUCUGGUCUCAAACCUUGGCUUAAUUUAAUAUGUUAAUUAGUGAAAAAUAACAAUGAAUCUUGAAAGUGCUAGGUGAUAAAAAUGCAGUUUUAUAACUAGGUUUUUUUUUUACAAAUAUGUAAAUUCCUAAAUGCACCAAUGUCUUUAUAUCCCUUAAAAUUUCAUAAUUGUUUAAAGAAAAACUGUCAACGUAUUUGACAACCCCUCUGCCCUCAAAAGAAAAUAAAAUUGUGGGCGAUGAAUGGGGAAACCAGUAGUGAAACACUCUGAUCAAUCAACUCCAUUCUUCUGGGGGGAGGGGAAAGAGGAAGAAGGGGUGGAAGGAAGGCGUUAGUCUAUAGUAUAUGCAUACUGUGCAUGGCUAAAGCCCUGUUAAGUGUUGCCAAAUUAUAUAGGAUUUGGAGUGGGUUGUCUUAAUGUGGCAUUUAAUCCUGCGGGCCUUGCAGAUAAUGGAUUUUGCUAGUUCCUGAACUUUUUGUAAAGCUAAUGGGUUGGGCGGGCAGAGUUUAGACUACUUCCCCCUUUCCUCUCUGUUCAGCCACUGAUGCUUUCCUUUCUCUGUGACUAUACAGCUUUUUCCGAGUGCAGCUUUGCCUCGGUCGCUGAAGUGCUUCAUGUUCAGCUUAUUGUUGAACUCUAUUUUUAUAGCUAGGCCUACUCCUUUCCAGGGUCCAAACACUGGACAGGACAGUGUCCCGUAUCCUCUCACUGAUAUCACUGUACGUCUGCUCCUGUAGAAAUGGGGGAGGUGGUCAGGUAGACAAGUUGAACUGAGUAUUUGUUAAGGAAAAAAACCACCAAACAACCAAGAUGUCAGUAUUGUAGGUGGGGAAGGAGCAUGUGGAAUAUCUUAACUGGUAUGUGAAACUGUUUAAGUCUUUUUAUCUGCUCUUCAUGUAACAAAUGCAUCCUAAAUUAUAUUGUGAAUGUUAGGGAGUUCCAAUUCCAGCUCAAUAAAUUUUUUUUUAAAGCG